AGUCAGAGUGGAGUGGUUUCUGCGUGUUCCGCAGAAAAUUAGUUAUUUUAGUUGUUUAAUGGUGUUAAAAUCGAACAAAAAUUGUUGCAAAAGUUCCGUGAACCUCCCGCGCAGUGAAUACAGAUUAAAUUACGGCCGCGGAAACGAAAUCUUUCGCGAAAAGUAGCAUUUUACGCUACCAUUUGUACCGCCGACAAUUUCCGACUGCGGCGCGACCAUCGUUUUCGGUUCCAUCGAUUUUCUCCUUUUCGUCGAUUGUUUUGGUCCCGUUUGCUCCCCUCCACACACCCACCGGGCGUACGGAUCGAGCUGCUUGUUGGUCUCGGCGGAACGCCGGUUUGUUUACAAAACAAGCGUGCGUAAAGAGCGAUGUCGAACGUCGUACAGCAAUUUGUGAAUGGUCUCAAGAGCCGCAACAAGGAUGCUCAGAACAAGGCCGCCCAGGAGCUGUCGCUCUACGUUAAGACGGAACUGCGGGAGAUGCAACAGGACGAUUUGCUGGCCUUUUUCGAGGAUUUCAAUCAUCACAUCUUCGAAAUGCUGUCCAGUGCGGACACGAACGAUAAAAAGGGAGGCGUGCUGGCGAUAAAUUGUCUCAUCAGCGGUGAUGUGGUCAACACAACUCUUCGCAUAUCCCGUUAUUCCAACAAUCUCCGUAAUCUGCUACCGUCGAGCGAUAUUUGUGUGAUGGAAUUGGCUGCCAAGGUGCUAGUCAAGCUAGCCCUUCUGCCCGGGUCGAAAGGUGCAGAGUCAUUCGAAUUCGACAUCAAACGUGCCUUCGAAUGGUUGACCGAGGAGCGAACGGAGGGAAAACGGCACGCAGCCGUGCUGGUGCUGCGCGAGCUGGCCGUAGCGAUGCCGACCUUUUUCUACCAGCAGGUGGGCAGUUUUUUCGAACACAUUUUCGUCCCAAUCAAGGACCCGAAGCCGAUGAUUCGGGAGGGCGCCGGACAGGCAUUGCGGGCAGUGCUCAUCGUGACUUCGCAGCGCGAGGGAACCAAGCAGAACAAUAACCCUCAGUGGUACAACCAUUGCUUCGACAGCGCUAUGGAGUGCUUUAACGAACUUCCCACGCGCGAGAAGGGCUUCAAUCGUGACGAUCGUAUUCACGGAGCGUUGAUCGUAUUCAACGAGAUUCUGCGAAGCUCCAAUUCCGCAUGGGAGAAAAAAUACAACCAACUGGAGAGCUUAAACGUGGACCGACGGACGCGUCACGUGGACGACAGUCAUGGACUUUUCCCCCGAAUUAGGGUUUCAUUUAUGGAAAAACUUAGUGGCGGUAGUUCCAGCAGCGGAAGCUAUUCACGUUAUACCGACAGCGGAGAUGUAAAAUUCUUCCGCCAAAAUAGUUCCAUUCAAGAAUCGGCAAUCUGUCGCAAUUUGGUUAACGAAAAUUACGAUCUAAUCUGCCAGAAGGUUUUGGAACAGCGCAACUCCAAAUCACCGUACGUGAUUCAGUCGCUCCUGACGAUUCUGCCACGGUUGGCUGCAUUUAGACGCGACUUUGUCGCCAACCAUCUGAAGACGGUUGUCAACUAUCUGAUCGCCACGCUGAAGAGCAAAGAGAGGGAGCGCAAUUUUGCGUUCAUCACGCUUGGCUACAUUGCGGUUGCCGUCGAGAAGGAAAUCGAGCGGCACAUUAAGCGCAUCAUGGAAGUGGUAACGGCAGCGCUGCCACCGAAGGAUACUCCCAGCAAGAAGAAACCCUGCGUCGAUCCGUACGUUUUCAUGUGCAUUACGCUGCUGGGACACGCGCUGAAGAGUGCAAUAACGUCGGAUAUUAAAAAUAUUCUUGCUUCGAUGCUGUCGACCGGGUUGAGCACGGGGCUGACGGUUUGCCUGCACGAACUGUGCGAAAAUGUUCCGCAGGUCAAGCAGGACAUUACCAGUGGUUUGCUGAAGAUUUUAUCCUGCGUGCUGAUGAAUAAACCUCUGCCACAGUGGCUGCCGGGACGAGCUCAGGCCUCCAUCAACACGAACGUGUACGAGCAACAGCUGCAGGACACCCCGACGACCGUGCUGGCCCUCCGCACGCUCGGAACGUUCAACUUCGAAGGGCACAGCUUGCUGCCGUUCGUUCAGCGCUGUGCCGAUCACUUUCUCGUCAGCGAGCAGCAGGAAAUCCGCAUCGAAGCCGUACAGACGUGCACCCUGCUGCUGAAGCUGGCCCUUCAAUCGGUGGACUCGGCGGACGGAUCGGAAACGCUAACGCAAACCGUCGGUAACGUGCUGGAGAAGAUACUGAUCGUCGGAAUUACCGAUGUGGAUCCGAACGUGCGCCUUCGGGUGCUGAAAUCGUUGGAUGAUAGUUUUGAUUCGCAGCUGGCACAGCCGUGGUUCCUGAGUUCGCUGUUGAUUACGAUGAAUGAUGAGGUGUUUGAGAUUCGAGAGUUGGCGAUUAUUAUUAUUGGUCGCCUGUCGGCGAUUAAUCCGGCCUAUGUGAUGCCCAGUUUGAGGAAGACGAUGAUACAGAUUUUGACGGAAUUGGAGCAUUCCGGGAUGAGUCGAAAUAAGGAGCAAAGUGCGCGAAUGUUGGAUCAUUUGAUUGUGAGCACGCCGAGGUUGAUUUCGUCGUAUAUGAGACCGAUUUUGAAGAUUUUGGUGCCGAAGUUGAAGGAACCGGAGUCGAAUCCGGGGGUGGUGCUGAAUGUUUUGCGGGCGAUUGGGGAUUUGGCUGAGGUUAAUGGGGAUCAUCAGGUUCUGGAGGAGUGGUCGGAUGAGUUGUUGGCUACUUUGCUGGAGAUGUUGAGUGAUGCAGGAUCGACGGAUAAGAGGGCCGUGGCAUUGUGGACGCUUGGGCAGUUGGUUAGCGCAACCGGACAGGCAGUUACGCCCUAUCACAAGUAUCCUAAUUUGAUUGAUAUUUUGAUUAACUUUUUGAAAACUGAACAGCAGUCCUACGUUAGACGGGAAACGAUUCGCGUUUUAGGACUGUUAGGGGCUUUGGAUCCGUACAAACAUAAGAUGAAUCGUGGAUUGAUUGAUAGCCAAACGAAUAAUAUACUGAUUUCGAUGUCUGACUCUAAGAUGGAUGAGUAUUCGGAUCUUUCCACUUCGGAAAUGCUGAUCAAUAUGGGAAAUCAACUGGAGGAAUAUUAUCCAGCGGUGGCGAUUUCAACGCUGAUGAAAAUUCUUCGAGACCCGACCCUUUCGCAUCAUCACAUUAGUGUCGUUCAAGCGAUUACGUUUAUUUUUAAAAGCCUAGGAAUAAAAUGUGUCCCCUAUCUGGCGCAGGUGCUUCCCAGCUUGCUGGGUAACAUACGGAAUGCGGAAAUGAAUCUGAAAGAGUUCCUGUUCCAGCAGCUGUCGAUUCUGAUCGAGAUCGUGAAGCAACACAUCAUCGGUUUUAUGGAAGAAAUCUUCCAACUGAUUCGUACCUUCUGGAACAGCAACUAUCCGCUGCAGUCAACGUUGAUUAAUUUGGUGGAAAAAAUCGCCAUUGCCCUGGGUUGUGAGUUUAAAAUUUACCUCCCCCAGUUGAUGCCUCAAAUUUUGCGAGUUCUGCUGCAUGAUACUUCGACCAAUCGAACGGUCACCGUUAAAUUGCUGACGGCGCUGCAGAAGUUCGGCAACAAUCUGGACGAUUAUCUGCACCUAAUAAUUCCGGCCAUCGUAAAACUCUUCGAACCAAUCGACGUUCCGUCGGCCGUCUCGCUGGCAGCUCUGGAAACCAUAAACUACCUGGCGGAAAUCCUCGAUUUCACCGACUUCUCCUCUCGCAUAAUUCACCCGUUAGUUCGCGUCCUCGAUAAUCACCCCGGCGUCCUGCAGACGGCGGCACUGCAAACCCUGUGCUCGAUCAUGAUUCAACUGGGCAAAAAGUAUCUGGUUUUCGUUCCGCUCGUCAACCGGGUCAUGAUCAAGCACAAAAUCUCCUACACCGAGUACAACAAACUGCUGACGAAGCUGCAGAGCAGCACCACCCUGGCGCUGGACGACGAAUUCCGCCUGCGACAGGCCCGCUUCAAGAACCGCGAAAUGUCCCUAACCAGCGACACCACAAUCCGCAAGCUGAACGUCUCCAUCGCCGAUCUGCAGCUGGCAUUCAAGGCGAACCGCCGCGUAUCGAAGGACGAUUGGCUCGAGUGGCUUCGCCGGCUUAGCAUCGGUCUACUGAAGGAAUCCAAAAGUCCGGCCCUGCGUUCGUGCCGAACAUUGGCCCAAAACUACCCCCAGCUGCUGAAAGACCUGUUCAACGCCGCCUUCGUAAGCUGCUGGACCGAUCUGCCGGACAAUUUGAAAGAGGAACUUUCCUCGAGCUUGCAGCAAGCUCUCAUGGUUCCGGAUUUGCCCGAAAUCACCCAAACGAUCCUGAAUUUGGCCGAAUUCAUGGAACACUGCGAAAACGACACACUCCGCAUCGAUCCGAAGUUGCUGGGCGAACGGGCGAUGGAAUGCCGCGCUUACGCCAAAGCACUGCACUACAAGGAAGAGGAGUUUCACAAUUCGAAGGAAAGGGAUCAAAGCGUGUUCGAGUCGUUAAUAUUGAUCAACAACAAGCUGCAGCAGAAGGAAGCGGCCGAAGGCCUGCUGGAGUACGCGAUGGAACAUCGCAGUGCGUCGGAGGAGAUGAAGGUGCAGGUUCGUUGGUACGAAAAGCUUCACAGCUGGGAAAAGGCACUCGCCCUGUACGAGGACAAGCUGUCCGGUAAUCCGAACGAUGUGGAAUCGCGGCUGGGUCAAAUGCGCUGCCUGGAAGCUCUGGGCGAGUGGUCCACGCUGAAUGCACUCACCAAGGAGAAGUGGGAAUCGCUAGGUAGCGAUGGGCAAACGAAAGCUGGACGCCUGGCAGCGGCUGCCGCUUGGGGUUUGAAGGAUUGGGAGGGAAUGCAGGAGUUUAUUAAGUUUAUUCCGGAGGAAACGCAGGAUGGAUCGUUCUAUCGGGCGGUUUUGGCAAUCCACGAUGGAGAGUACGAGCUGGCGCAGACCUUGAUCGAUGAUACGCGUGAUUUGUUGGACACGGAGCUGACGGCCAUGGCUGGCGAAUCGUACGAACGUGCGUACGGGGCCAUGGUGUGUGUUCAGAUGCUGGCAGAACUGGAGGAAGUUAUCCAGUACAAGCUGAUUCCCGAACGGCAGGAGACGAUCAAAUCUAUGUGGUGGGAUCGGUUGCUGGGUGGUCAACGGCUGGUCGAAGACUGGCAGAGGGUUUUGCAGGUGCAUUCACUGGUGGUUCACCCGGCGAACGACGCGCGGACGUGGCUUAAGUUUGCCUCGCUUUGUCGCAAGAGUGGUUCGCUGAAACUUUCGGAGAAAACACUGAUUUUGCUACUGCGCUACGAUCCGGCCGAAUAUCCGGACCAUCCGUUGGAAUUUAUGGAACCGGAUAUCAGUUUUGCCUACACGAAGCACCUCUGGAUGGCCGGUGAUAGGCAGCGAGCCUACGAUCAGUUGAAUCGACUCGUGGCCAAUAUCAGUACGGAAGGAAAUGUUGAUUUGGAGGAAAAAGUUGAAAAUCGACGACUGCUUGCGCGGUGCUACAUGAAACUGGGUCAGUGGCAAAAUCAACUGCAGGGUCUUAACGAUCAAUCGAUCAAAGGCAUUCUGGCCUGCUACGAAAAGGCCACAAGACAUGAUUCGAACUGGUACAAAGCUUGGCAUCUGUGGGCUUACAUGAACUUCGAAGUCGUUCAGAACCAAAAACAGCAGGAAGAUCUGCAGAAGAAUCCCGGUGGGGAUAAGGAAAAGUGCAUGAUUCGUCAGUACGCCGUUCCGGCAGUGGAAGGCUUCUUCCGAUCAAUCAAUCUGUCACACGGAAAUUCCCUGCAAGACACUCUCCGCUUGCUGACGCUGUGGUUCGACUACGGUCAAUACCCGAAGGUAUUUGAUGCCCUACUGGAGGGAAUGCGUAUGAUCGAGAUCAACACGUGGCUUCAGGUCAUACCACAGUUGAUCGCUCGAAUCGAUACCCCACGGAAUUUGGUCGGUGAACUCAUCCACCAGUUGCUGAACGAUAUCGGAAAGUGCCACCCACAAGCGCUGGUUUAUCCGCUGACCGUUGCUUCCAAUUCGGCGUCGAAGGCACGCCGACAGGCGGCUCACAAAAUCCUAAGCUCCAUGGGCGAACAUUCGUCCACCCUCGUCAACCAGGCGAUCAUGUGCAGCGAGGAGCUGAUCCGGGUGGCUAUUCUUUGGCACGAACAGUGGCACGAGGGGCUGGAGGAAGCCUCCCGGUUGUACUUUGGCGAACGCAACAUCAAGGGUAUGUUCGAAACGCUCGAACCACUGCACGAAAUGCUUCAACGGGGACCGCAAACCCUGAAGGAAACCUCCUUUAAUCAAGCCUAUGGAAGGGAUUUGAACGAAGCGCAGGAGUGGUGCAAGCAUUACAAGAACUCCAAAAACAUCCGAGACCUUAAUCAAGCCUGGGAUCUAUACUAUCACGUAUUUCGGCGAAUCUCUCGCCAGCUACCGCAGCUCACCUUCCUAGAACUUCAAUACGUCAGCCCGAAGCUGCUGGCUUGUCGUGACCUAGAGCUAGCGGUACCGGGAAGCUACGCUCCGGGCCAGGAGCUGAUACGCAUCGCCAGUAUACAAUCGAACAUGCAAGUCAUCACAUCGAAACAGCGCCCGCGCAAACUGUGUAUCCGUGGUUCCAACGGCAAGGAAUACAUGUUCCUGCUGAAGGGUCACGAAGAUCUGCGACAGGACGAACGCGUCAUGCAACUGUUCGGGCUGGUCAACACACUGCUUUUGAACGAUCCGGACACGUUCCGGAGAAAUCUAACCAUUCAACGGUACGCUGUCAUUCCGCUGAGCACCAAUUCCGGGCUGAUCGGAUGGGUACCGCACUGUGACACGCUGCACACCCUAAUCAGAGACUAUCGCGAUAAGAAAAAAACGAUGCUAAACAUCGAGCAUAGAAUAAUGCUGCGGAUGGCACCGGACUACGACCAUCUGACGCUGAUGCAGAAGGUCGAGGUGUUCGAGUAUGCGCUCGAUCUCACCAAGGGCGACGAUCUGGCGAAGCUACUGUGGCUAAAGAGUCCUUCGUCGGAGGUGUGGUUCGACCGGAGAACCAACUAUACCCGUUCGCUGGCCGUGAUGUCCAUGGUUGGCUACAUCCUCGGAUUGGGCGAUCGACAUCCGUCGAACCUGAUGUUGGACCGUUUGAGCGGAAAGAUUCUGCACAUAGACUUUGGCGAUUGCUUUGAGGUCGCCAUGACGCGGGAAAAAUUCCCGGAGAAGAUCCCCUUCCGCUUGACGCGGAUGCUCAUCAAUGCAAUGGAAGUAACGGGUAUCGAGGGUACCUAUCGGCGGACCUGCGAGAGCGUAAUGCACGUCCUGCGGCGCAACAAAGACAGUUUGAUGGCCGUGCUGGAAGCGUUCGUGUACGACCCGCUGCUGAACUGGCGUCUGCUGGAUGCGGACAAGAAUCGGCGUUCGAAGAACGCCACCGAUGUGGACAGCACAACGGAAAGUAUGGAAGAAACGCUGGACCUGCUGGCGAUUAAUGCUCGCAAUUUGCGUGUCACGGAACCGACGAACGCCAACGCUGGCGGUGAUCAGGCCAUCGAGCAGGGCAGUAACUGUGUGGCGAAUCCGGCCGAGGCCACCAAUAAUAAGGCACGAGCGAUUGUCGAUCGGGUCAAGCAAAAGCUGACCGGUAAAGAUUUUAACAACGUGGAACCGGUUUCGGUGCAGAGGCAAAUAGAUUUACUGAUCCGUCAGGCAACCAAUAACGAAAACCUUUGCCAGUGCUAUAUCGGGUGGUGUCCGUUCUGGUAGAGGGUUAGUUUUUUUUGCAUUGCAUUAUAAACCAAAAGCUUUCUAUGUAGUUUCUGUGGGAUGUUAGGGUGCCACCGGUUAUAGUCUGAGUGCACAUUUUCGUGAUUCUUGAUCAUUAAUAUGAAAAAACAAAUACCUACAUGUUACUUGACUAAUGUCGUCCUUACAAUGUAUUGUAAUAGUAUAAGCAAUUAAAUUAACAGU